AUGGCAUUAGCGAAGACCCAUUCUCCUACACCCACCACGCCCAUGAGCCACGCCCACACCACGCCUUCCAGCCCGAGCCUCACCAUCACCAUGACACUCACGCCCCCUCUCACGGCCACGGUCAUCACCACCAUGAACACCACGAGAAGGAGGUACGUUACAUAUUCUUUCGUUGAUAAUGUGCUUGGUUGGAAUAAGUUUACCCUACCCAAAGCGACCCUCCAAGUUUGGCUACAGCGUGAAGACGACUACCAUGGCACAGAGUUUUCCCGCCACGAGACCAGUGACGCCUCGGGCACCACGGGGCAUUACCAGGUCCAGCUGCCAGACGGGAGACUGCAGACAGUGAUAUACCACGCUAACGACGACGGAUUUCACGCCAAGGUUCUUUACGAUGGAGAGCCGCGCCACCCACCUCCAAGAAACCACCUGAUCCACCACACCCCCACCACUACCACACACCACGACCCACACCACGGCAAAGACCACCAAAUCCACCACGAGCCCCACACCACCUUCCACACCAAUCACGGGCAUUUCACGACCACGAAAAGCGACGACUCCAUCCACCAUCACAACCACAACGACCACAUCCUCUCCCCUCCACACCACCAUCAUGAGCCCGAGGGAGUAUUCCACUCUUCCACCCCACGUCCCUUCCAUGACGUUAACACCAUCCACAUCUCCACCACGAAGCCAGUCAUCCACCACUCCACACCCUCCAGCAUCCACCUACCACCUGAGAUAAUCCACGUGUCAACACCACCUCCACACCACGCAACGCACCACACGCACCACGAUAGUCAUGUGGAUCUGAGUCACUCCACAGUACCACUCCACUUUGGCGGCCAUAUUGGAUUAGGAGGAAGGAUUUGGUGGUACGUUAUCACUCCAGGGGCAUCCACACCACCACGUCCAUCAACACCACGGGCAGAACACUCAACACCACGUAGCAGAGUCACCACACGCUGGCCAUUUUGAUCUUCCCGGCACACAGCACAGUAAUCACCACCACCAGCAUCAUCACCACAAUCACCACAACCUCCUACCCCAACCUAGCUCCCCAGUGCCCGUUGUGGUGACGAAUGAUGAAUCUUCACCCUCAUCACACCUCAAGUCCUCGGAGAUCAGAGCAAGGCGUCAUAUCCUUCUUUCACUCCAAGCAUCUUUGUGUCAACAGAGAAUCCACACAGUAACUUGGAUAAACUAAACCUGCACUCUUCAAUCACUCCCCAGUCACUCCAAUCUACUCCUCAGGUUGAUAAAGGGAAUAUUCAUCCUCUCAUUACUCCACACUCCAAGCGCCCAGGGGAUAAGAAGCUAAAGGAUACGAUUAAUGACCCUCUCUUUCGUUCGGACACGCCACGCAUCGCCCCGUCUCCAAGAAUUACCAUCAGAGGACAAGCCAGUGUUUAGAUGAGUCGACCUUCCUUUCCAUCCGUUUUCUUUGGUAGUGCUGAUCGAGUUUGUGUUUGUGUGUUUCUCAAGCGUCAAUCAUUCGCAAUCAUGUGAACGCAGAGACAUGAAACACAGAGGAAGAGAAAAUAUACAAGAAAGGAAGAAAGAUAAGGGGAAAUUGAAAAGGUGAGAAAGAAGAGAGAAGAAUGAAAGGUUGAAGGAAGAGAGAAUGGGUAAAGGAAGAGAAAUGGA